UUGUCAUUAGCUCGUGAACUUGCAAACUGGUGCAGUCGUAUUUUAUUCAUAUUGAAUUUUACAUCGCUUUAUUCUUCAAAUCUUUUAUAGCUCUAUUUUACAUCACUGAUAAAUAUGUUGUCUGCAAACUCUCCAAGAACUACACAAGUAUCAACUGCUGCUCUAAUGAAGAAAAUGCAAAUUAACGACGAAAACAAGGUACCAGAUGUUCUCAAGUCCAAAGUGCUGGGAGACAGCCAAAAGCAGAACAUCAUGACUAAAAAGCCAGUAAGCGAGCCAGUCAAACAAUUGGUCAAACCAGCACCAAGAAGGAAACAAAUGAAAGAAGAGCCACUGCUGAAGGACAAUCCACGUCGCUUUGUUGUAUUUCCCAUCAAGUACCACGACAUUUGGAAGAUGUACAAAAAGGCAGAAGCCUCCUUCUGGACUGCUGAGGAAGUAGAUCUGUCCAAAGACAUGAACCACUGGGAGAACCUGAAGGACGAUGAAAAACAUUUCAUCUCGCAUGUACUUGCAUUCUUUGCUGCCAGUGAUGGAAUUGUCAAUGAGAACUUGGUGGAGAGAUUCAGCAAAGAAGUUCAAGCAACAGAAGCAAGAUGUUUCUACGGAUUCCAAAUAGCUAUGGAGAACAUUCACUCUGAAAUGUACAGUUUACUUAUCGACACAUACAUCAAGGACCCUGUUCAAAGAGACUUCCUGUUCAAUGCCAUUGAGACCAUGCCAUGUGUCAAAAAGAAGGCUGAUUGGGCCAUCAACUGGAUUGGGGACCAAGAUUCCGACUUUGCUGAGAGAGUUAUAGCUUUCGCUGCUGUAGAAGGGAUUUUCUUCUCUGGUAGCUUUGCUGCCAUAUUCUGGCUGAAGAAGAGGGGAAUUAUGCCUGGUCUUACAUUCAGCAACGAGUUAAUAAGCAGGGAUGAGGGUCUGCACUGCGACUUUGCCUGUCUCAUGUUUGACCACCUUGCAAACAAACCAACACAAGAACGAGUAUAUGAGAUUAUUGACGAUGCUGUAAAAAUUGAGCAGGAAUUCCUUACAGACGCUCUUCCAGUCAACUUGAUUGGGAUGAACUGUGCGUUGAUGAGGCAAUACAUUGAGUUUGUGGCUGACCGACUACUGUUGGAGUUGAAGUGUGACAAGUUGUACAACGUUGAAAACCCAUUUGACUUUAUGGAGCAGAUCUCAUUGGAAGGAAAGACCAAUUUCUUUGAGAAACGAGUUGGAGAAUACCAGAAGAUGGGAGUUAUGAAUGGUGGUUCAUCAACGGGCCACUCCUUCUCACUAGACGAAGACUUCUAGAAUAAAUGUGAUGUAAUAUUCAUUGUGAUCUCAAUACCUCAAGCUAUGAAACUGACCAGAACUUUAGUGCAAUGAACAAGCCAUAUUGGUAAAAGACGUUUUACCAAAACAAUUAUUUUAAUUUAAUCAAAUAAUCCAUUGUCAUAUGUCUGUUUCUAUUGAAAAUUUUAUGUAUAUCUGUAUGAAUGAAUUUUAUGAGAUUUUAAGUGUAAUUUUAAGGUUGAAAGUGAAUGUGUAUUUUUAGACAUGCAAGUUUAUGAAGGCGAAUGUUUUAGUUUAUGAAAGUCAAUGUUUUCAGUUUUUUAUGAUCAUUUUAGUAACAUCCUCAUUUUAUCUUUAUAAGUUGUGAAAUAAAAUGAUAUUGAUUUUUA